AAGAAAUAGACUGUAGGAGCGAGAUUUUCUUUUUCUUGGUAGAAAGCGAUGAUGAUUCUUCGUGGACGGACGCGCUUUUACGAAAGCUCUCGACCUUUUUGCGAGAAGUCUUUCAACGAACUGGAGGAAAACUGACGAGAGAGAGAGAGAGAGAGAGAGAGAGAGAGAGAGAGAGAGAGAGAGAGAAAGACUUUAGUAGACAAAAGAAAGAAAAAGUCUCCUGAUGGGCAUGUUUAGCGAAAGUGAUAGAGGAACGUGUUCCCGGAGCCGGAGCACAGGCGACCAGGCAAUUUGAUUAAUUUGAUAGAAUGAAAGCUCCUCAUGAGGGCUCUUCUUCAUCCUCUUCUGGUUUGAGUUAUGAAGUGUUCUUGAGCUUUCAUGGCAAAGACGUUCGCCACGGUUUUUUCGAUCACCUCUACAAUGCCUUGGUUUAUGCUGGAAUUCGAACUUUCAGGGACGAGGAUGAACUCCACAAGGGAAACAAGAUUAGCCUGGAACUACUCGCUGCAAUUCAGGAGUCAAGAAUCUCCAUUCCUAUCUUCUCGAAGAACUAUGCUUCGAGCAAAUGGUGUCUCAAUGAGCUAAUCGAGAUAUCUGAAUGUAGACGAACAAUGAAUCAAAUCGUCGUGCCCAUUUUCUACAAAGUUGAACCUAGGGAUGUGCGAAACCAGACCGGGAGAUAUAUGAAGGCCUUUGAGGAACAUCAGAUGCGCUUCGACGAGACAACGAUACAAAAGUGGGAGACGGCUCUGAGAGAGGUUGGAGAAUUGGGUGGAUGGGACUUGAAGGUUAACCCGUUAAGUUCAACAGUUCCAUUUUGGCUCCAUAUUUAAGGGUUAAUGUUUUCGACCAAAAAAAUUUUAAGGUCAUAUUUCGCUAAUGUUCUUGGAUUGCAUUUAAUUGAAUAGAAGAAAAGAUUAACCACUUGAGUA